UGAUCCUUGUAUUGUAUAUUAACACGAUACCUCAAAAUUCAUCCGGCCCGCGUGGAUGCCAGAAUCACAAAAAGGUCGAGAACUAAAAAAAAUGACCAGUGGUGGUGUAUUAGAAGUCACGUUGGUGGAUUCCGAAGGCAUAAGAGAUAGAAAGUUUCUUGGUUGUAUUGUAUGUUGUACCACAUCGGCUGUUAAUAGACCAUAUGUAUGUGUUGAAUAUGGUGAUCAAAAACAUAUUAGCAAAGUUGCUCAAGGCAAGGGAAAGAAAUCCAUAUGGGAUCAAAGAUUCGAGUUUAACAUUGACCACCCGCCACUACUUGAUGAUGAAGGCGGGAGCAAGCAGUCAUCCCAAAAGCUUGUGUUUCGCGUGAUGGAUAAACACAAACUUUCAGAUGACGCGUAUGUUGGUGAAGCAACGAUACAUGUGAAGGAUGUUGUGUUAACGGGGAUGGAGAAAGGGGAAGCGGAGCUGGGAAGCAGGAAAUAUAGGGUGGUCCGAGAGGAUAAAUCCUACACCGGUGAUGUAUCUGUCGCCGUUACCUUUAAGAGAAAAUUAGAUAGAGCCGAGAAAUUAGAAGAUGGAAAUAAAACAAGCCAUGUCCUGAUCAAUAAUAAUGAAGAUACUACAAAAGUACCCGUCGUUGUGGCGUAGUUAUAUUUCAUUUCAUUUGUUUUAAUGUAAUGUUCUGUUUAUAAUUAUUUG